AUGAAGUCCCUCGGUCUAGCCUUAUUGGCUUCAACUUUGGCAAAUGCCAUUGAGCUUCCUCGUGCUGAGUCAGAAGGCUUCACACUGGAACAGUAUGAAAGCGGCUUCGUUCAUGAGACGCUCAUGGGCGCGAAAAUGUCUUCCUUUGCUCAACAUCGUGCCGCCGGAGAAUAUGAAUCGGAGCAAUAUCCGGCACUGAGCGCGCCCGCCAAAUGUGAAAACGGCCUGGCGGUGGUCGAGUAUGGUAACCCCAAUCAGACAUUUAAGUGUAACAAUAUUGACCUUCUCGACUUCCGGAGCCAUGCCGAUCUUGGUAGCUUUAUUGGAGAAGGUUCCUCUUCCUGGGGUUGGGUCUCUGACGAUGGUCGGGAAUUUGUUGCCAUUGGCCAGGGUGAUGGAACAGCAUUUGCUGAAGUGUCUCCGGAGGGCAAACUGGUCUAUCUCGGUCGAUUACCUCAACAGUCCAUCUUCUCCCAAUGGCGCGAAAUCCGGUCCCACAAGAACUAUGUCAUUAUUGGCAGCGAAGCGGUGGGCCAUGGUGUACAGAUAUUCGACUGGACAAAGUUGCUGACCAUCGACCCCGCCUCACCGGUCAACUUCAGUACCACCGCCGACAUCACCGGACUUUUCAACGACCUACCUGUCGGUCGUGUACACAACGUCGUACAAGGUCCAGAAGGCGCCGAUUGGGUUGCCGUGGUUGGAGCUCAACCAAGGAACAGCACGUGUCGCGCGGGUCUGAUCUUCGUCGACACCACAGAUCCUGCCAACCCGUGGUCGCCCGGAUGCGCCGGCCAAGACGGCUACGUACACGACGCUCAGUGCGUUAUCUACCACGGACCCGACCAGAAAUACGAAGGCAAAGAAAUCUGCUACGGCUACAACGAAGACACUCUGACCAUCUACGACGUGACGGAUAAAUGGGGCGUCAACUCGACGACCAUCAUCUCCAAGACCUCAUACGUCGGCGCCCGCUACACACACCAAGGCUGGGUCCUCGAUCUCAACUGGCAAACCCACUUGCUCAUCGAUGACGAACUCGACGAGGAGUACUACACGGGCCCAGCUGCCGACCGCUUCCCCGUGACGUACAUCUUCGACAUCACGAACCUCGAAGCCCCGAAACAAACCGGCAUCUACAAGUCCAAGGCCUACUCGAUCGACCACAACCAGUACGUGUUCGACGGCCUGAGCUACCAGAGCAACUACGGCGCGGGAUUGCGGGUUCUAGACGUCAGCUCCAUCCCCGCGGACCCGACCGGCGACAGCGUUGAGGAAGUCGCCUUCUUUGACAUCUACCCCGAAGACGACCAUCUGCCCAACGGCGGCAUCAUCGACUUCGUCGGCACCUGGAGUCACUAUGCCGGCUUCCCCAGCGGUAAUAUCCUCAUCAACACCAUUGAACGCGGCGCCUUCAUCGUCAAGAUGAAGCAAUUCGAUAAGCGCGGUCGUGGCGCCCACUACAAGAAACCCAGAAACAUUUAA